AUGACAGUCGGCUACAGCUUUGCUUCGGCAACAUCAGGCUACAUUGGCAGUUUUCAUAAAUUAUUGUUUCGAUGGAAGGGCUCGGUCUGGAAAGCCGUAUGGCAAGAAUUACUUAUAUGGUGUAUCCUAUACGCUAUUUUGAGCAUAACCUACAGAUGUUUCUUAAUCAAGGAGCAUAGAGAGACUUUCGAAGAUCUUUGCAUUUUCUUCGACAAACAUUCUACUUUCAUCCCUGUCACAUUCAUGCUUGGAUUUUACGUUUCGGUGGUUUACGGCCGUUGGUGGCAGGUCUUCGACAAUAUGGGCUGGAUUGAUCAACCUUCCCUGCAAAUUACACAAUCCAUACGAGGCAGAGAUGAACGCUCUAAAAUUUUGCGACGUAACGUCAUUCGAUACAUGAUCUUGAUGGAAGCUAUGGUUUUACGAGAUAUAUCCUCGUUGAUUCGUAAACGAUUUCCUACAUUGCAGCAUUUGGUGGCAUCAGGUUUGAUGACUGAGCACGAACUGGAGAUGUUUGAAGCAGUAAAAUCACCGCAUUCAAAGUACUGGCUUCCAAUUCAGUGGCUUUAUUCGUUGAUAACUCUAGCGAAAGAUGAAGGUCGAAUCCAAGGGGAAUAUAUCUACGUGGCGUUAAUUGACAGGAUUGCCAUCUACCGUGCAAAGCUCAUCAAUCUAGUACUCUACGACUGGGUUUGCAUACCACUCGUAUACACACAGGUUGUUCAUCUUGCUGUCUACAGCUUUUUCUUCACCAAUUUAUUUGCUCGACAAUACCUAGAAAGAGAAGGAGUGAAAAAAUCUAUCGACUUAUAUGUUCCCAUAUUGUCCAUAUUACAGUUUAUUUUUAUUUUGGGAUGGCUCAAGGUUGCGCAAGUGCUGCUCAAUGGCCUCGGUGAAGACGACGACGAUUUCGAGAUGAAUUGGGUCAUUGAUCGAAACUUCCAGGUCGGUAUUUCUGUGGAGGAAUGUUACGACCAAUAUCCACCUAUAAUACGUGACGUCUUCUGGGACACCCCUGAUCCCGAACCACUAUAUACAGUCGAAAGCGCAAAGCGUCCGAUAAAUCCACAAGUCGGAAGCUGCGUCAACAUGAAAAUCCCCAAAAAUUCGUCAUUCAUGGUCCGCCCGAGGAGAUCUACUUUGGCUGGAUCAACGCUAUCAGUCUGGGACGGACAAAUAGAUUCAAAUUAUGUAAAAGUGAAGAAAGAUGACAAACUUGAACCUGAUCCACUCAAACAUUCUGUUUCUACGUCUUCCAUGAGUAAUUUUAUCAAUAAAAUCAAGCGAAGUGGCAGACGCAUGAGUACUAUGUCGCUGUUUGCUAUGGCAAGAAAAAGGACAAUAUCAAAUGAGAGAAGAUGCAUGGAAAGCCCUGACAUGUUAUCAAGCAUCUCAUCGUUGGAGCGCUGUGACUACUCCUUUCCUCAUCUAAAUGGUCAGCAAACUCCGCCUGCUUUCAAUGUAACUCCACCCACGCCGGCGGCAGUACCGACGUCAGCGGAAGAAUGUCGUCGUAGAAAUCCUUCAUCUCCACCGGAUAGUCCGUCUGAGGAGUACAAGGAACAUAAGCGACACUCAGCACCCGAUGCGCUGGAGAUGACUGUAAAACAGCCAGAAGAAUCUCGACGCAAUUCAAAGACUUCGUCGGGGUUGCCAAUAAUCUUCGAAGAUAGCAAUGAGAAAUCAAGACGACAGUCUGACGCAUCGAACAUUGAUGGAGAAGAGGGAAACGACGCGGACACCAUUCGAGCAGCUAACAACAGAUUAUUCAAGGACUUCAUUCACGCACCUCAGUCACAACACAAAUGUGUUUGCAACAAAUGCAACAAAUGCAUGUAG